AUGCGAAUCAAUACAAACCCAAACAACCUUCUACGUGUCUAUGAUGGGAAAAUUUUUGAAGAUUGGGUUUUGGCUGUUGGAGAUGGAGCAAUCAAGUGCACAACAUUCAACUCAUCGACUGCCACAGACUGGAUACAAUUACCAGAUAAGUUCCUCAUCCCACAUACAGGAAAUAGAAUUAAGGCAAUUACUGAUGUUGUAUAUGAGGAUUUUGAUAAUAAUUUCCAGGAUAUCAACUACAUCAAUACUCGAGCCAUAGUCACGCCAACAAAUCGAGUAGUUUCGGAAAUCAAUGACUAUAUGUUGGCUAAAGUCAAGGGAGAAGCAAAGACAUACUACAGUUCAGAUUCGAUAGAGGAUGAUACAAUAAACAGCAGCAGGUGGGAAGAGGAGUACCCAACCGAAUUCCUAAAUAGCUUAUCGUUCAAUGGUGUACCUGAACAUGAACUGCAAUUGAAAGUCUCCACUCCAGUCAUCCUUCUUCGAAAUCUGAAUCCAUCAAUUGGCCUGUGUAAUGGAACAAGGAUCAUGAUUACACAUUUGGGAGAACAUGUCAUCGGAGGUAAUAUCAUUGGAGGAUCGUACGACAGGACGCCGGUUGCUAUUCCUAGGAUUGUGCUCAAUAUCACUGAGCAUCGUUGGCCUUUUACCUUGAAGAGGAGACAGUUCCCAGUCAGAGUGUGCUAUGCAAUGACAAUAAACAAGAGUCAGGGACAAAGUCUUGAUAUAGUGGGGGUUUACCUGCCUAAGCCGGUGUUCAGUCAUGGACAAUUGUACGUGGCAGUUUCCCGAGUACGAUCAGCUGACGGCUUGCAUAUACUGAUUGACAACGAUGGCGAAGUUCCACAAUCAUAUACUAGAAAUAUAGUAUAUCACGAGACAUUUCCUGAUGUGCACACAGCAUCGACAUCACCCACAGGUAAAUAA